AGCUCAGCUUCUAAUGAACGUGAAGGCCCUGCUGCUUUCUAACUUUGAGGCACUUUCCGUGACUGGCACUCACUUUGGCCUGCACAAGACUCCCUUCUUUUAGCUAUCAGUUAGUCUUUUAAGUGAUCUUAUGUUGACCAGUUUAGAAUCCCUUUUUCAGUUACAUAACUCAAAGGGGCCAGUUGUGCGUGGCAAGCGGACUGCAUCUGCCUACCUUGCUGCACAUAAGUCGCUGACUUGCAUUGUGGUGUCAAGUAAUGAACAGAGGAACAAAUCAAGGGCACGGUGCUUAUCCAUUGUACAAAGGUCAUGAUUUAAAUCCAAAUACUAAUCCUGCUUUUUUCAAUAAUUUCCCACAGGAAUAUUGUCUAGACUCUUUACGAAAACAGGAAAGAGCCUUCCUCUUAGGGAAUACUAGCGUCCAGCCUUCAAGCGUUUCUACGUGGAACACCUAUUGCCCACCACAGAGGCCCGUAAAAAAAUACCCACCACAUCAAUCAAGGUUCUUGCCUCCUCAAUUUUCCCACAGCUACCAUAGACCUGCAGAGGGCAUUGACGAUUUGUCAAAUAGUUUUGGAUCCCUUAAGAUUUCAUGUAACUCAACUGAAAGGGAACUGUUGAACUACUUCAAAAGUCUUCGCAGGGGAGAAACCUGCACAGCAAAACAGUUGGUUAAAGUUUUCAGGUUUGAAAAAAAGCUUAUAAAUCAUCAUCUCUACAGAUUGGAACAAAAGGGUUUACUGCAGAAACAAGGUGAUAAACCUCCUCUUUGGAGUAUUUGCUCUAUAAGCUACCCAUCGCCAACUCUGAGCAGUACUUCUCAAGCAGAGAAACCAAAGGAGAGAGAUAUCCUACCCUUAUUAAGCAAUCCCACCUUCUUUACAGAUAUGGCAGUAAACGGCGAAAAAGUUUGUGAAUUUUUGUUCAAUUCUCCUGGAUCAACUGUAAACAGCAUUAAAAAAAAUACUGGCAUCACCAAGGUCAGUGAAAUCAAUCAGAUUUUAAUUACUCUUGAUAAAGAAGGAUCGGUUUUCAAGCUGAGUUCAAGUAAUCCUGUAAAAUGGUCACUUACUGAUAAAAAGCGGGAAAGGAUGCUUACUAAGAAAAGGGCAAAUGAAAUACAUGAAAAAGAGGAAGAGCUGGAACCUGUUGUAAAGAUUGAGCAAACUGUUGAGCCAAUGUCGGUAAGCGUGGAGAAUGGGCAGCAGAAAGAAUCAGAUGUUAAAAUUGAAAAUAGCCCAGUACCUGUUGCACAUACCAAGGAAGAGGAUAAUGUAGAGUCGAACACAGAAACAACUGAUGAACCCCCCAGGAAGCGGCCAAAAGCUAUGGAUUUUGAUGAUUAUGAAAAUGGAAAGUGGGCUUUAGAUGACAUUCCUGAUGAAAUCAACAUUGAUGCUGCUAUCCAGAGUGUAGGAGGAGGAUAUGUCAAUGAUGCUUCAAAAGAGGGCAUGAAAUUGGAAAAGCUGAAGUCUUGUUUAGAGAAGAAUCCUGUUAGUGGUCUUCUUGAGUUUGCACAGUUUUAUAGCGAGACCUGUGAAUUGGUUGUUCUUGAACAGAGUGGACCAUCACAUGAUCCCAGGUUUAAAGUUCAGGCUGUUCUAGGGAGCCGACAGUUCCCAGUAGUACAAGCAUGCAACAAAAAAAUUGCCAGGAAAGAUGCAGCAGAUAUGGCUUUGCGUAUCCUCAUGCGAGAGGAGCAAGGUGGUACCCAAGAGGAAGUCCUGUCAGAGAUGGCGGAGGCUCCUGCUUCUGAGAAAGAUGAAGUGCCAGUCCUACCGCAGACUACUUCUCAGGGAGGGAAGAAUCCAAUCAGUAUUUUAAUGGAACAUGGGCAGAAGUCAGGAAACGUGUGUGAGUUUGUGAUGGUAUCCCAGGAGGGACCACCUCAUGACCCCAAGUUCACAUAUGCUGUAAAAAUAGGCGAGAGAACAUUUCCUUCUGUAGUUGCAAACAACAAGAAGAUUGCCAGACAACUUUCAGCUGAAGCUGCUGUUAAAGAACUGCUUGGGGAAUCAGCAGUUCAGAGCGAUAAGGUUGAUCCUGUUUCCAAUGUCAUCAGUUCUGAAUCUUCCAUGGUCCUUGAGCUUUCCCUGAACAAUAUCAAAGCUGCGCAGACCUCUGGUGUUGGAGACCUGUUAAAGUAUCUUAAUGCCAACCCAGUGAGUGGGCUUCUAGAAUAUGCUCGUGCUAAGGGAUUUGCUGCAGAAUUCACAAUGGUUAACCAGACCGGACCUCCACAUGAUCCCAAGUUUGUGUUCCAGGCAAAGGUUGGUGGUCGCUAUUUCCCAGCUGUGAGUGCAUCAAACAAAAAGCAGGCCAAAGCAGAAGCAGCUGACGCAGCUCUAAGAGUCUUGAUUGGAGAGGCAGAAAAGGCAACUAAUUCGGGGGACAACAUAACAGAACUUCCAGUAAGUGGGAGUACUUUCCAUGACCAAAUCGCCAUGCUGAGCCACCAGAAGUUCAACUGUCUGACCGCAAAAAUACAAAAUAGUUUGCUUGGAAGAAAAAUCUUGGCUGCUAUUGUCAUGAAAAAGAACAGUGAAGACCAAGGGACAGUGGUCAGCAUUGGAACUGGAAAUCGUUGUGUGAAAGGAGAAGAGCUGAGCCUGAAAGGAGAGACUGUUAAUGACUGCCACGCAGAAAUUAUUGCCCGCAGGGGUUUUUUAAGAUUUCUCUACAGUGAGCUUCUGAAAUAUAAUCCAGACUUACCUGAGGAGAGUAUAUUUGAGGAAUCUGAAGGUGACCUUAUGAGGGUCCGGCCAUCAGUGACUUUUCACCUUUAUAUUAGCACUGCGCCCUGUGGAGAUGGGGCACUCUUUGACAAGUCGUGCAGUGACCAGCCCUGUUUGGAUGGAGACAAAAAGCACAAUCCUACUUUUGAGAAUCCCAAGCAAGGCAAGCUGAGGACUAAAGUGGAAAAUGGUGAAGGAACAAUUCCUGUAGAGUCCAGCGAUAUAGUCCCCACUUGGGAUGGGAUCCAACAUGGAGAGAGACUCCGUACAAUGUCUUGUAGUGAUAAGAUCCUCCGCUGGAAUGUGCUUGGUCUGCAGGGAGCUAUCCUCUCUCAUUUCCUUGAGCCAGUGUACCUCGGCUCCGUUACACUUGGCUACCUGUUCAGCCAGGGACAUCUUACACGAGCUAUAUGUUGUCGCAUGUGCCGGGAAGGAAACAAAUUUGAAGAACUGCUGCAAGAACCUUACAUAGUCAACCAUCCAGAGGUUGGACGAGUCAGCGUUUAUGAUUCCACUCGACAAACUGGAAAGACAAAGGAGUCCAGUGUAAACUGGUGCUUGGCUGAUGAAGAAGUGGAAGUGUUGGAUGGCACCAAGGGCAAAGUGGAUGGGCCAAAGCUUGAAGUAUCCAGGCUGUCCAAGAUGCACAUAUUUCGCUUGUUUCAGCAACUUUCCAGAAAUCACAAAGGAAAAGACGAACUGACUGGCUCAUACAGUGAAGUCAAAGAGGCAGCUACUGAUUACCAGAAAAAUAAAGAACAGUUCAUUAAGGCUCUGCAAGAAAUGGGUUAUGGGAAUUGGAUCAGCAAACCACAGGAAGAGAAGACCUUUUGUGUAGCAUGAUUUUUCCUUCUGUGCAGGGAUAGUUAAUUUUGUUCUGUUUCAUUUUUUCGUUGUUGUAGGGGAAUGUUAACAGAUCUGCAUUGGCGUGUACCUGGAAAUGCCAUCCUUUUUGUCUUAGCACAUUAUUUUAACUGCUUUCAUCAUAAACCUGUAUUGUCUGCAGUUACCAAAAAACAAGCAAUCAAAUGAUAAUUUUAAUAGUCAUUGAAAUUUUAGUUUUUCUGUUUUGCAAUUUUGUUGUAAAUUUAAAAUGUAUUUUUCAACAGUUUAAAUUUGUGGCAUUUUUACUUUUCAGCACAGGAGUAUUGUGCAUAGAUAACUUUUUUAUUUUUGGUCAGUUUUAAAUCAUUGAACAUCAACUAUCCAUUUAUUUUAUUCUGAAUCCUGUCAUUGCACUGUAGGGAUGGUGUUAGCUGUUCUCAAUAACUUUUCAAUUUAAGGGUUAAAAAGACCACCUUUCGUGUGUGUUUUAUAAAUAUGGAUUUAAUAUAAGAAAAUGUGUAAUAUUAGAAAAGCCCAAACUUUUUUCCAUGUGUGUUGUAUAUUUUACAUUCUCUCAUAAAUGUAUCGCUAUUGCAAGGAUACAGUGACUUAAAGUAGGUAUUUCCAAGCAGCACCAGCUAUUGUAAGUCCCACUGAUGUUUCUUGUUAGAAAUUUGUAAUGCAAACUGAUCAUACGUACAUUUUUUUUUUUUUUUUUUUAUAUUCUUUCUCUUUUAUAUCCUCCAGUUGCAAUUUGCAUUUGAGCAGUUUAGUACAGCUAAUGUCAAUGCAUGUGGUUGCUAUUGUAUUUGUAAAUUCAACUUUUGUUUAUAAAUGUUAGUCUAGCAGUGGCUAGCUAGGGGUAGAUUUAUUUUGCUAUAUAUAUUUUUUUUUUUUUGGAGGGGGGGAUUAUUUUGUUUGUUUUUUUUUUUUUUUUACAUUCCACUUUUAAAUCUCAACAAUUUCACCAAGAGUGUUUCUGUCAGAAUGUACUUUUACUUUAUUUUAUUUUUGUCUGUGCGAGCUGAUUCAUGCAGCUGACAGUUGUACUUAAAAACAAGACAUCUUGCGUUUUGAGUGUCGUUCUGUAAACAGCAGAAAGGCUGUGCAUGAUUUUUCAGUAAACCAGGUUUAGUUUUCUGUAGGAGAUUUCAACAAACAGGGUUACUCUUGUUGAGACCCUUUUUAAUGGUAGUAUCAACAUGACCUGUGCCUAAGCUUUGAUCUUUGCAGGAUUUGUGUGGUCUCAGACAACUGUAUACAUGAAGUUCUGUUGAUGCAAUAAAAUAUCUAAAAUCCU